UAAAAGUUUUGCUUUUGAUAUAAAAAAUUUCAAAAUUCCCGCUAAAAAUUCAAACAUCGAGUUCGAUCGCAUUCUCAUUUGAGAGAAGUAUAGAGAGAGUAAGAGAGAGAGAGAUGGGAAGCGAGAGCGCUUCGGCUAUGCGAACCAGUCUGAUCGAAUUCCUCAUCGAAUCUGCUCAGAAACUCCAAGUCACUCCCAUCGUCAAAUACACCGCCUUGUCACUCUUCGCUGAUAGAUUCUAUCACUAUUUGUCUUUAUCCAGGUUUGAAUCAGGUGAUAAAGUAUCAAGCUGGCUUUUGCAACCACUGAGGGAGAGCAACUUGCAGUUGUUUGCACUUGUUGCUCUAUGGAUUUCGAGCAAAAUGCACAACUCUCAUCAGCUGCGCGUGAAAUCUUUCAAGUCUUUGGGAGAUACAGUAAUCAAGGAACAACAUUUUACAACUCGAGAUUUCUUGGAAGCAGAGGUGAUCUUGAUGCAGGUUAUGGAUUUUGAGAUUGGUGCGGGAAAUACUGCUUUUAUAUUCCUUGAAGAGCUCUUGUUCCAGCUCAAGGCAGUGGCUAAAGUUGGGGACCUUGUGAACUUUGAGGCAUGCAUGGAUAUCAUGGAUCUCCUUUAUGAAAAGGAGGAGUCAUCAAUUCUAUAUAGUUCUCCAUAUUCCCUUGCUGCCUCAGUCUUGGUUGCUUCAUAUGUCAUCACGGUUCCUAGACAAAGGUGGGAGUUUCCCAUUCUUCACUGGGCUCCCAAUUAAGUCUUUCAGCUAAUGUGUCCUGCUGUACGCCAGAAUGUUUCUUGUUUUUCUAGUAUUACUCUCCUUCUGCGUAAUUGUUUUCCAUUGACUUGUGAAUGGUAUUAUAUAUAUUAUAUACCUGUAGGCUGAUUAUUUUUACAUACGUUUUCUUCUACUGCCCCUUUUCUUUUGGUGGAACAUUUGCUGUCAAAAGUAGUGCCUAGAAAUGCUAGAAAAAUAUAUGGCAGUGAUGGAAGCCACAGGAGGUAGUUCCAAGUGUUGGGAAUAUGAGGGAUGGAACAACUGAAUUUGAUCCUUUUCUUUCCUAAACACAAAAGAGGCCCAUCUCACAUUAUAACUAUUCAUUUUAGUUAUAAGUGGAACAUGGUUAUCCUAAUAAGGAACUCUUCUACAUAAGGAUUGUUUUCCUUCUCCGAGUUACUUCCCUGUUGUUCCAUUUCACCUCUUUAUUCAAGCUGUAACGGAGCUGUUUACAGCUUUUAGUUUAAUCAAAACUCUCUUUUGUUUUCAAAGAAUUCCUUUCCCUCCGUGUGCUAUUUCAGGUUUGACGAGAGGGAAAAAAUAAGGUGCAACUCUAGGUCUCUCUUUGAAAUUGGCUAUAUCUUUUAUUUGAAUGCCAAGUGUCAUGCCGUGGUUUUUGCAAGAUGAUGUUUUGUAGAAAUGGCAAUCGGGGCGGGUAUAUCCAAACCUGCGAACCUAAGGGUAUAUCCAAACCUGCGAACCUAACCCCAUUAUCGGAUUGUCAAUGAAUCAAGUAAUUCUCAAACACGGAUCCGUUGGGUUCGCGGAUACCCCAAACCUAAUCUCUUUUUUUUUUUUUUUUUUCUCCAAUUUUUUUAGGGUUUGUUUGGUAUAUGCAAUGGUUAUUUUUAAUAAAAUAGGAUACUUAUUUAUAGGAAUUAAAAAAAAAAAAAACAUAUCUUAUUGAUAUGUUUGAUUAUUAUCUUGAAUUGGGUUCAAUAUUUAGUCUUUAUAAUUUAAUUUUUUCUUUCAAAAAUAUCAAAUUUGGUAAAAAAAUUAAUUAAAAAUCAAAUUUAUAGUUAUUUAUGUAUUUUUAGUUUAGGAAUAUUAAUCUAGAUUUGAAUAUAUUUUAAAUAUGGUAAAAAGUUUUAUAUUUCAAAUAAAUGAAUAACCAUUCUAAGUUUUUCUUAAAAAAUAGUUACUCUUUAAUAUGGGAGAAUAAGUUUGGAGAGUUUAGCUUGUCUAAUGCUAAAGGCUUGUUAUUUUACAAAUACAUAUUUUUUGGAGGCUAGAUUAGGCAUUCAACCUUCUCGUUUAUGGAGAAGUCUUUAUUAGGGUAAAGGAAUUGGUCAUGAUCAAAGUACUUGAAUUUAUAAGGAUGCAUGGUUGCCAUGUAAUGGAUCCUUACGGUCUUUCUCGUCCAGUUCUUGGCGUCCAGUUCUUGGCGAAAAUGCUCUUGAUCCUGAUCUUAUAACUGAUCUGGCAAGUGGAAUUACUGAUUUGUUUAAUGCCCUUUUCUUCAGAUGAAGUUAAUAUUAUUUUAAAUUUGCCUAUUGGAGGUCUUGAAAAGGAAGAUCAGUUUGCUUGGCGUUUGUUUACUCAGUCGUGACUUUAUACAGUGAAGUUCGGUUAUUGUGUUGGAAGGAAAUUACGUAGAGGAGCUUUUUUGGGUUGUUUGAGUAAUCCAAGAGCAAAUGUCUUAUGGCGUGUGAUUUGGAAGAUGGAAAUUAUGCAUAAAGUGAAAGUUUUUAUGUGGAGAGCAUGCUGUGAAGGUUUACCAUGUGCUUCCGAGUUGGUAGGUAGAAAAGUUUUAGACAAUGCUCAUUGUUCUCUUUGUGAACGUGGUGAGGAAACUGGUCUUCAUGCUUUAUGGCAGUGUCUUAAUUUAAAAUCUGUGUGGAAACAAGCUGAGUUUUAUUCAAUUCUAAAGGUAAGACAAUUUGGUACAUUUGUUGAUAUGUGUCGAUAGGUUUUCCCACAGCUUUCCAACAAGUUAGGGUUGCUUCGAUUGCAUGGAGUAUUUGGCAAUUCAGUGGGGGCUGACAUGUGGAGUACAUGAAAGCUCAUAAUAAGGAAGCUCAUGAUAAGCUCAUACCGACUGUUAAAAAUUGGCAACCUCCAAUUGGGGAUGAGUAAAAUGUGAAUGUGGAUGUUGCAAUUUGUAAGGCUUCUAGCAUGGUAGGGGCGGGAGGAGUUGCUUGGAAUUUAAAGGUUGAAUUAAUGGCUGCUUUUGAUUAACCUUAUUUUAGUGCUUGGAAUUCGCUAACUGCCACACUAAUUGCAAUUAGUGAUGCUGUCCUAUUUAGUUUAGAAUCAGGAUUCUUUAUAGCCAAGUUGUUAGUGAUUCGUUGUGUGCAAUUCAGUUGAUUAAGGGCUAACGUGAUGAAGUUGAUGCAAAUUGUUUUAUUGUUGGGGAGAUUCAAUCCUUACUUUCUCUUUCAUAGCAACUUUAAAUGUCUUUAUAAUAGUAGAAUUACUAGUAGGAUAGCUCAUAAAAUAGAUCGUUAUGUAUUAGGUGUGGAUUCUUUUGAAUCUUAGAUAGAGGAAAGCCCUGAUUGGUUUUUUAAUCCUAUUCAAAUGAUAUUUGUAUUUCUCUUCUCCUUAAAUAAAUUUUUUUAUUCAAAAAAAAUAUUUUUAUAGAAUAAAUAUCCUUAAAAUUUAAAAUAUAUCAAACAUAAGAAUAAUUAAUCAUAUGGAAUAGGUUUUUUAUUCAUACAUCCAUUCUGCUUACCAAAUAUAUCCUUAGUAAUGUUUUUAAGGACUGUGGACUUGCCUAAACUUUUUAAGUAUUUCCGAUUUGGUUAAUAAUUUUGGACUUGCUCAAAUUCUUUUCUACUUAAUUUUGAACAUGUUAUGUUGACCACCGAAAUAAU